GCGAGGAGCUGAAUAGAUAUGGUGGUUUAUAUGUCAGCAGGCAUCCACAGCUGAAAAUUAGGAUGGUUGAUGGCAGUAGCCUGGUUGUGGCUGUGAUACUAAACAGUAUUCCAAAAGAGACAACCCAAGUUCUUCUUAGAGGCAAACUCACAAAGGUUGCUGUUGCCAUUGCCUUUGGUUUGAUCCAGAGGGGUAUAAAGGUUGCUACAUUACACCAGGACGAGUACUGGGAGCUCACUAAAUCAUUAAGUGAAUCUGAAUGCCGGUUGGUCUUCGAAAAAACCUAUGCUCACAAGAUUUGGUUAGUGGGAAACGGAUUAAGGGAGCAAGAACAGUUGAGUGCACCGAAAGGAACAAUAUUUGUUCCCUUCUACCAAUUCCCACCAAAAAAGUUGCGAAAAGACUGUUACUAUCAUUGUACUCCAGCCAUGAAGAUCCCCAAGUCUCUUGAGAAUGUUUACUCUUGUGAGAACUGGUUGCUAAGGAGGGUGAUGAGUGCGUGGCGUAUAGCUGGGAUAGUACAUGCAUUGGAAGGUUGGAAUGACCAUGAGUGUGGUUAUACCAUGUCCGAUAUUGACAAAGUUUGGCAAGCUACUCUUCGACAUGGCUUUCAGGCUCUGAUCCCCACCACUACUACUUAAACCAUAUAUGGACUACUGUACUCUUCAGUCUGGAUUGUAUGUAUGUUAUAUAUGAUGCAGUACCUCUUAUAAUUUUGUAAUAAUUUCUGCCUUCUAGUUGGGCUAUGCUUGCUGGCAGUUAAUCCUUCUAUUUUAUUUUAUUUUAUUUUUUUUGAGAAGAUAAGAGAAGAGAAGAAAUUUCAUUGAUCUAAUAUAUUACAACAAUGGAGAUGACUAUGUAAAAUCUUAACUACUCCAACUAGAAAAGAUGACCUACUCAUAUCCCUAAUGUAGAACCGGUGGUUACAGAUAUCAUGAGUCGAUAGAGGCUCAACUCUAGCCACAUGAAUUACCCUCUCAUCCGGGCUAUAGACAAUCAACUUAUCUCAGGAGUCCCGAUACAUCCUUACAACCAACAUCAAGAAGAGACUGACCACUUCCAACACAACAUACUAAAAUUGCCAGUAUACAUGUAGGGGGUCUCCCCAUUACAUUCGAUAAGAACACACCGAAAUGAGAACAAAUAACCCAGUUUCAGAUCUCGUACCCACAAGGCCUCCAACCAUCGCCACCCGCCAACCCACCCUCUAGAGCCACCGCUGCAAAGCCUCCAUAAGCCUGAGACCAUCAACCACUGCCUACCUUGAUGAAUUACUCCAUGUCCCUACUGAUCCUGGAGGUUCCACCGCGCAAUACUGCCACCUCGAAUCAGGUCAAACAAAAAAAGCCCACACGACCUUUAGAGGAUGAACUAUGCCGAAAGAGAAUAACCGUCCAAAUUAAGCAACUCUGACUCAAAUAACGCCACACAACAGAUGAUCCAGAUGCCCAUCCGGCUACACCCGCCACACGCUGACAAGGCAUAAUGCCAACUUGAUGUGGGGAGGCCGCCAUCAAUUGAUUAUUCUAUGCUUUAUAUGAACAUCAAUUAAUGAAUAAAUUUAGUUGUCUAUGUAAAAUAAUCUACAUACAUAUUAUGUAAAAUAAUUUAGUUGACUAUAAUUAUCUACCAUACUUCAUGUGUUCGAUCUCAAGAUUGUAUUUUUUUGUUUAUUGAAGAAAAUGAGGAAUAAAAUA